AUGCCCAGAGCCGAGAGACACAAAACUCUUCUCCAGCCCGGGAGAGGCUCCAACGGCCCCGCGCGAGCCGCGCGCGUUCGGAGCCCUGCUUGUCCGCCCCCCGCUCAACGUCACUUCCGCUCUCGGGAGAGGGAGGAAUUACAUCUCCCAGACUGCACCGGGGGUGCUUCCGCCCUCUCUCGCUCAGGCUGCAGAAUGACAUCCCUGUUUCGCUCCAGCUCAUCCCAUCCUCCCAUGGGACAGGGGAGAAAAAUGGCUGCAGUGGAGCAAGUUCAGGGGCUGGUGACCUUUGAGGAGGUGUCUGUGUAUUUCACCAGGGAAGAGUGGGCUCUGCUGGACCCCGCUCAGAGAACUCUUUAUAGGGACGUCAUGCAGGAGAACUAUGAGAACGUGACCUCGCUGGCAUUUCCAGUUUUAAAACCUGAUGUGAUCUCCCAGUUGGAACAAGGGGAAGAGUCAUGGGUCCCAGACCUCCAGCGUUCAGAGGAAAUAGAGCUCCUGAGAGCUCCCCGCACAGCAGGUGAUGCAAUGGUAUGUGAGGAGCAAAAUUCUCAGCAGGAAAAUGUUGAGCAAGUGGAUAAACACAGAGAAUUAUCGCAAAGAUCGGAAAGGAAUGUGUCCAGGAGUCAUGAGCUGGGAAAAUCCUGUGAGAUUCAGCACAGACCAGAAAGAGAACAAGGAAGCCAGCCAGAGUUGAAAGUGGGUAAAUGUAUUUCCUGUCCAGGAACUCAGAAGGGCCUUAAGGAAACCACAAUACAGCAAGAAAUCCUCAGGAGAAAGAGAAAAAAUACAUUCACCGAGUGUGGGAAAAACUUACGUGACUAUUCAGCCCUUAUUAGUCAUCAGAGAAUCCACACAGGGGAGAGACCCUAUGAAUGCAGUGAGUGUGGAAAAAGCUUCACUCAAAGACCAGGUCUUUUUCAACAUCAGAGAAUCCACACAGGGGAGAGACCCUAUGCAUGCAGUGAGUGUGGAAAAAGCUUCACUCAAAGAUCAGGUCUUUUUCAACAUCAGAGAAUCCACACAGGGGAGAGGCCCUAUGAAUGCAGUGAUUGUGGAAAAAGCUUCACUCAAAGAUCAGGUCUUUUUCAACAUCAGAGAAUCCACACAGGGGAGAGACCCUAUGAAUGCAGUGAGUGUGGAAAAAGCUUCACUCAAAGAUCAAGUCUUUUUCAACACCAGAGAAUUCACACAGGGGAGAGGCUCUAUGAAUGCAGUGAGUGUGGAAAAAGCUUCACUCAAAGAUCAAGUCUUUUUCAACAUCAGAGAAUCCACACAGGGGAGAGACCCUAUGAAUGCAGUGAGUGUGGGAAAAACUUCAGUCACAGCUCACACCUUAUUAGGCAUCAGAGAAUUCACACAGGGGAGAGGCUCUAUGAAUGCAGUGAUUGUGGAAAAAAAUUCACUCAAAGAUCAGGUCUUUUUCAACAUCGGAGAAUCCACACAGGGGAGAGACCCUAUGAAUGCUGUGAGUGUGGGAAAAACUUCAAUCACAGCUCACAUCUUAUUAGGCAUCAGAGAAUCCACACAGGGGAGAGACCCUAUGAAUGCAGUGAGUGUGGGAAAAACUUCACUCAAAGAUCAGAUCUUUUUCAACAUCAGAGAAUGCACUGAGUGUGGGAAUACCUUCUCUUGGCACUCAGACCAUGUUAGGGAUCAGAGAACCUGCAAGGGAGAUCAAAACCAUAAAAACCUU